AUGGGUAAAGAAUUGAGAGCUUUAACAUAUAGUAAGAUAAGAAUCUGCAACUAUAAUGACUUUUCUGACGAAGUACACUUACAAAUUGUCAGCACACACGAGACUCCAGCCACUAAGGUCCUAACACCUCACAUUGCAAAAACCAACACUGGCCAAUACGUUACCAAGCCCAUAAGCACUGCAAAGUUCAGACACCCAACUAUUUUCAGAGACACAGCAGAAGAAACUGGCAUAGACCCAGAUGGGGAAACUGCAGACUCUGGUCCAAAAGUGACCGUCUCAUCCGGGUUCGGAGUGCUCGGAUUUGAAGGAAUGGUUGUGGGUAUGGAAGAUCCAGUUGAAGAAGGCACAGCACCUCCAGGAGAAGGAAAGAGAGGAGCAAUGUCUGGUGACAGUUCUGUAUCCGGAGAUAUUGGAGAACUAGGCAAUAGUGCAGGUGCGGCAGAAAUAGUGGGUGUCUCAGAUAUAGAUAAUGAAGGUGAGGCCAUGAAAGCUGUAAUGAAUACUACCAGAAAGCCAAAGGAGGCCAUCCAAAUGAUAAUGAAAUCAAGCACCCUUUUUAGAGACUCUUAA